GUGGUGUUGGCCACUGGUAGCCUCUGCUGACGGCGCCUGGCCCCUGCUCACCGGGCGUCAUCAGUGUCGCCUGGUCUGCCCUGCACGGCACCGCUGCCGCUGGGAAGUAUGCUGCGCUCGCGUCGGAGCGGCGGCCAGCCGGCGGACGGCGCCACCGAGCCGGAGCGCUCGCGGCCGCCGGACAUCCCCAACGGCGUGCUCGCCGAGCUCUGGGAGGAGCACUCGGACGGCGUCGGGUCGCCGCUGAUUGAUAUCUUCACGGACUGCUCGUCGCAGAUGUCUGAGGAGGAGGCGGCAGCCACGGCGGCGCCGGACGAGGACGAGUCGGCGGCCGGUCGCCGGCCUGCGGCGGCGGCCGCGCGCUGUGAGCUGGACGGCGUCCUGCUGUCGGCGGGCGAGGACGUGAUCGAGGUGGUGGACGAUGUGUCGGGCGUGGUGGCCGAGGCGGGUGGUGUGAUCUGGGUGGUGGAGAACGACGUUGGUGAGGACGCCGGUCCGGAGCGCUGCCCUGUGCCCGGGUUGGGACCAACUGCGCCGGCAGGCGGCAGUGCCGGCGUCAUCUCCCCGCCGUCGUCCACUUCUCCCGUCCUGCACCGGCCGCGGCCAGCUUCGGUGCCGAGGAGGCGGAAACCGGCCCAGAAGCUAACGACCAAAUUUGCGGUCAUCAAAAGCUAUGGCCGGGCCUGGACCCGGGAGCGCUGGUACCGCUCCGACGCCGCCCGCUGCCGCGUCUGCCGCAAGUUCAUCGCGCGCGUGCUGAUGCCGCUGCACCUGCGGCUGCACCGCACCGGCUACCGCGGCUGCGACGUCUGCGGCCUGGUGAUGGAGAGCGCGUCGGCGCUGUACCCGGCAUCGUCGCUCUCCGUAGGUGAUUACUUCCAGAUCGCGUGGGCCAUACAGUAG